AAGAUGAAGGGCGGGAUGAGCCGGUGGCGCCUGCGCGGUGGUGCCGCCGGGAGAGCCCUGAGGAGAUGGAGGCGGUGGCGCGGCGGCCGCGGGAGCGGCGGCGGGAGCGGAAUGGGCGGCUGGAGCAGGGGGAUGGCGGCCAGCCGCUCUCACGAUCGCUGUCACUGUCGGGACAGUCCUACUGGCUGGACCUGUGGCUCUUCGUCCUCUUCGACCUGGCGCUCUUCGUGGUCAUCUACUUGCUGCCCUGAGGGCGCGGACCCAGAGUCGCUGUGUCGCCACGGGAUGCACCUCGUAAACACGAACAGUGGAGGAGGAGGACCAUUUGUGCGGGAUAAGCAGCUGGGAACACGGCUCCACUUGCAGCUGGAUGCAAGAGGCAGAUAUUUAUAGUAAUACCGUAAUAUAUCUCUGUCUGUAUCACAAUAUUACCACUACAGGUUUUUACCCGUGUCCUCUUUCUGUGCUCUAAACUGUGCCUUAAAGGUUGUGUAAGAUGGAUGGACUGUGCUUGUGUAAUCAGUGCCUGAAGGUUUGUGCAGCAGAAAGGGAAGAAAGCACUGCUUGAAUAAAACCCACUGAAAGGACACUCUGCAGAGUGGCCAAGAAUAAAACCCUGCUCUUGCCUAGACUCAAGUGGUAACUCAGACCUGUUCCCACAACAGGUGAAGCUUAACCAGCUGUUUUACUUCCAAAAAGUUAAUUGUGAGGGUUUGAUGCUGUUUGGGUUUCUGUUACACCUUUCUUUCUUCUCUACCUUCAGCAGGUACUGAGCCUCCCCAGGGUAUUUAUAUAUAUAUUUAUAGUAAGCUUUGUAUCCAGUCACGUUUUGGAGAAGACAGUCUUCCAACUAUGGAUGAAGGGGGCUCAGUUUUCUUCAGUAUUUUUCCCUUGAGAAUGCUAGUUUUUAAUUCUGAGAAGCACAGUUCAUAGUUGGUUUGGGUUUUUUUCAGGAAUAAAUAUAAUAACUAGAUUGCAGAGACUUUGAAGUGUAAAGUGUUUUGGUGUUUCCUAACACAUUAAGUGAAAAUGGGCCACUACACUGGGAUCUGGGAUGCAAAAGUGGGCACAUGCUCUUUCCCUUUAUUUUUCUUUCAUUGUUAAAGACAAAUCUGCCAGUGAGAGGGGCUUGUUUUAUGUGUCAGACCUAUGCUGUAAGAAUGGAGAUGCCCUUCCCUGCUGACACUUAUGAUUUUGGCUGCUGCUGCCUAUGAAAUCAGUCAAGCCUUUCAGAGAUCUUGACUCAGGGUGCAGAAGAGCACUGAAUUGUGAUUCCAUUCUCACAAGUAAAAAAAUUAGUGAAAUCCUCUAAAAACUGGAACCCUACUCUUUUUUCAUUAUUAUUAUAUUUUAUUUUUUUUUUCCCCUCUGGCAUGAUUUCACCAGGGAAAUCUCAAGGGAACAACCUAUUAAGCACUGCAGUGUUGCUCCAUUUCUCUUUUGUUAAGGAAGACAGGGGAUAUUCAGCUUUAUAGCCUUUAGAAAGUGAAAUCUCAAGGUACCUUCUAGUGAUUUAGUUUUCUCCUUCAGGCAGAUCUGGCAUCCAAGGUUUUACUUAUCUCAGAAAACUUCAGAGCUAACAAAGUGCAGGCUUGUGCUGCACUGCGCUCAAGGUCUUUCACAGCACCUGGAGUUCAGGAAUACACAUAUCCAGGAAAAUUCUGCUUAUCUCUCAUAAAGGUGGAAAGAGA